AUGUCAGCUGCGCUGUUUUCUUGGGGCUGUCUUAGUUGAUGAACCCAAGGGCAAGGCCUAAUUCCGUGCCCAUUUGAAACUCCGAGGGUUUUUAUCUAAAAUCCUCUUCAUAGGUACUUAAUUUGACUAUGUGAGAUCCUGUUUGAAUCCAUCCGGUUUAUUUUAUAGAGCAACUGAUCGAGAUUUAGAAGGCUCUCAGGUAAUGGAAGGAAACAAAAUCUCCAUUUAUAGUUUUAUUCGAUAAUCGUGCAACAUUGCUGCCCAUUAUAAAUUAUUUCUGAAAAAAAAUCAGAUGGCCUGUCAUUGGUUUUUGGUCACUUUUUGAUACGCAAUUGUCAGUGUAUUUUUGAAUCCCAGAAUAUGACAAAAUAUCACCGAGCGGUCAACUUCUGAUAUGUCGCAAGAUCUCUCCUUUCUUUCUUUCUUGGGUCGAACUAGAAGAUGAACGCUUGAAAAAGUCUACUGCCCGAUGAGCUCAACUUAGGGUUGGGGCUGUUCCAGUUGAAGGUCCUUUUAACUUUUUUCUUUUUAUCUGAUGGGUCCUCUGACUGAAGCCUGGAAGGCAAGGUGGCGCUGAUCACGGGUGGCUCAUCCGGCAUCGGCGAGAGGAUCACCAGGCUAUUCUGGAGCCACGGGGCGAAGGUCUGCGUCCUCGACAUCCAGGACGACCGCGGCCAGCGGGUCUGCCAGUCCCUCGGAGGCGGUGCCUCCGCCUGUUUCCUCCACGGCGACGUCACAAAGGAGGAUGACGUGGCCCGCGCUGUCGACCUCGCCGUUGAGAGGUACGGCAAGCUCGACAUCAUGGUGAACAACGCCGGCAUCUCCGGCAAUGCGCUGGUGCGGGACAUCCGCGACGUGAACCUCGCCGAGUUCAAGCGCGUGGUCGACGUCAACCUCUUCGGCGUCUUCCUCGGCACCAAACACGCCGCCCGCGCGAUGAUCCCGCAGGCGGCUGGCUCCAUCAUCUCCCUCGGCAGCGUCACCAGCGCCAUCGGCGGCCUCGGCCCCCACGCGUACACGGCCUCGAAGCACGCCGUUGUGGGGAUGACCAGGAGCGCUGCGGCGGAGCUCGGCAAGCACGGCAUCCGCGUGAACUGCGUCUCCCCCUACGCUGUGGCCACGGAACUCGCGGUGCCGCAUUUGCCCGGGGAGGAGAAGGACGGCAACGACGAUGCGACGAGGGCGUUCAACGACUUCGUGGGAAGCCUGGCGAACCUCCAAGGGGUCACGAUGACGACCGGCGACGUGGCGGCGGCGGUGCUCUUCCUGGCCGGCGACGACGCGCGGUACGUCAGCGGUCUCAACCUCGUCGUUGACGGCGGAUUCACGUGCGUGAACCACUCCAUGAGGGUGUUCAGGUGA